UGUUUACCAGAACAGGUCCAGGUCUAUAGCUCCAAAACUUCAAAACGUCCACCACUCACUCAUUUUGCCUAAAAUUAGGUACCAGAACCCUUAUUUAAGGUCAGAGGAGACAAGCCAUGGAGUUGUCUUUUUCAUCACCAUCAUCAACCUUUGUUUCUAAUCUAAAGAGAUUCAUCCCACCCUCAUCCUCCUCGCCACCCAGUCAGGUUAACCAUGGGAGGCUGUGUCAGCAGACCCAAGGACCUGAAUGCUGAAAACCCUGACUUGGUGCCUGCUGAGAUGCCUACCACCUCUGAGCCCACUGUGAACCCGGUUGAACCUGAGCCUAAGUCCGAGCCCGAAACCACCGAGAGUCCGGUGGAAGCCAAGGAAGAGGCUGAGGUGGAGAAUGAGAAGGAAAAGGAGGUGGAGGAGGAGGAGGUUAAUGGAGAAGAGUUGGUAGUUGAAUCUAAUAACAAAGUUGAGGGUGAAGAAGAUCUUGUUAAUCUUCAAGAAACUGAGACGCAAACUGACAAUGUUCAAGAGCCAACAAAUACAACAACAACAACAACAACAGAUGUUGUGGCCUCAGAAGAAGAAGAAGAAGUGAAGCCUGAAUCCAAAUCAACUGAAGAGAAUAAACCAGAAGAACAAAAUUAACAUAGUUUUCUAUACAUAUCUGCAUGUAAUUGUGUGUGUGUGUGUGUGUUUGCUCUGCAUGAAUGUUGUUGUACUAUUGAGACAGUGAAGAAGGGGAAUGAAAUUAUGUCCUGCAUGUGCACUUGA